GGUGGACCUGCUCUCUCCGGAGCAGUCUCCCACCGCUCAAGGGGGCGCCCGUACGCUGCGCGGCGGGCCUGGGGCCCGUGCCCCUCCGCUCCCCUCGGCGCGCCCCGCCAUUCGGCUGCGGCGGGCAGGCAGGCAGCGCGGCCGUUGCUUAUGUCGAGCGGUGCUGAGUUGCGCCUCUCUUGCAGCGAGCGGCGCCGGGGACUGGAGCCUCUUAUGGUGGAGGCCGCAGCGGCGAGAUGAAGAAGCGCCACGCGAAGCCGCCACAGUCCACGACGUCCGCGAGGCUUCCGUCCUGGCACCUGCUGGCGGUCUUGCUGUGUGCCGCGGUGGUGUUGUGCUGGGCCCUUAGCGAGGUGCUGCUGCUGCGCGUCCAGUGCGCUGGCGACCCAACCGCGGCCUUGCACACGGACAAGGAGCGCGAGCUCGAGGCGCGCCUCGCGGAAUCGAUCCGCCAGCUCGACGAGGAGCGGCGCCAGCGGCUCGCCGCCGCCGCGGCCGCCGCGCGUGCGCCGCCGCCCGCGGCGGAGGCCUCCGGCGCCUCGCCCUC